UUAUAACAUAAACGUGAGAUUAUUUAAACAUUGUUAAGAAAUUAGAUUUCUGGUCUCAGUCUCCGGAUUUUGAUGUCAGGAAAUUUGGGCUAGAUGGUACUACGGUGGUACCUGGAAAAUUCUAAAUCUGUUUUUAGACUUUAGAGAUAUUUUCCAUUGUUACUUGUUAAAUUUGUUUUGACGUUUUUAGUUUUUUACUGGUUACAGUCUAUCCCGAUUUGUAAUUGAAUAUUGAUGAACUUACAAUAAUUAUGAAUUAUGUCGUUGUGAGAAAUAAUUAACACAUAAAACUAACAGAAGUUUAACAUUUUUUUUUUUUAAAUAUCCUGUCCGUGAUACAACGAAACUCCAAGUUCUCGGAGGUAUAUCUUUUUUCGUGAGUUGUCCACUCGCCCAGUCAGCAGUCACCCAGUGCGAUGGGUCGAAGGAAGAGUAAAAGAAAGCCGCCCGCGAAAAGGAAGGCUAUUGAGCCUCUGGACACGCAGUUUAAUUGUCCGUUUUGCAAUCACGAAAAAUCUUGCGAAGUCAAAAUGGACAAAAGUCGAAACGUGGGGAAAGUGUAUUGUCGUGUUUGCCUUGAAUCAUUUCAAACGACUACCAGCUUUUUAUCAGAACCAGUUGACAUAUAUAACGAUUGGGUUGACGCCUGCGAAGCAGCUAAUUGAUAAUGGGUGGCUACAGAAACAAAACAGAAAUUAAACAACAAAUUGAUGCCAAAACAAUCUUGAAAUCUAAUAUAUUAAGUCUUUUUUUCGAAGAAAUAUGUCAAUAUUGUUGUAGUCACCCUACACAACUUAUAAAAUGAUAUAAUAUAACAUUUUAGUUUUAUGUAAUUUUUAUUUUAAAUAUCUAUAUGACUUUAUUUUCAUUAUAAGAAUUAUGGUAAACUUGAUCUAUUUUUCUAUAGAUUUCUAUAGAAAAACAAAUUGCAAAUUUUAUGAAAUAAAUUAAUAUUAGGUAUUGAUUUACAAUUUUUCGAUUUGCCUGUGAAUAAAAAAAUUAUAUCUGUACCUAAAAAAGUAUUUUGUAUAUUUUUUUAAAUUAUAUAUUUUAGUAUUUUGUUAUUUACUAAUAAUUGUCAUUUCUUUUUAAAUUUAAAAUAUCAUCACAUUUUAAAUAAACUUUUCUAA